CUGUCGUUAAUAAUAUUAUUUUGAAAAGAGAAAACAAAAAAGAGAAAUAAAACGUUCCAUCAAACAAAGCAAACUCAAAACUAUUUGAUAUGAUGGUAGGUAUAGAAAAGAAAAAUGGAGGUUUGUGGUGAUCUUCAAAUAUUGUAUAAUGUAUACUAGUAAGAUUUCUCAAUGAACAAUACGAAUCAGAGUUUUUUUUUUUUUUUGAUGGCCAAUGGAAUAAUAUUGGAAUGAAAAAUGGUUAAUGGAAAUUUUGGAAUUAAUAAAAGGAUUUAAAAAUUGCAAUGGGGUUAGUUACUUUGAGCCUUUGAGGUAGCCCACAUGAAAGCCCGCGAAAUUAUUCCUACAGGCUACAACUCCCCCAUCCACGUCAGCCGAUGAUUCUUCCAUAUCCUUCCGCCUAAACACCAAUUAAGCCUUCCACGCAAGCGCAGCUCAUCCACUCAAAGUUUGACACGCCUUCUUCAUUUAUUGUCUUCACCAAAUAUAUGACGGCUGGCGCCUACUCGAAGAAAUCUGGAUGAUGGAUCCACCUUGCACCUUAAACCCUUCUGACCAAUUCAAUAUUUCGCAGCACUAAUUCUUCUGACCAACUUUUACAUCCCAAAUUCCCAAUGGGCAAUACCACCGCCAGCCUCCACCAAUUCUCUCCUUUCCGCCAAAUCACCUUCCUCGCAUGCUUCCCAAUUACUUUAGAUAGUUUUAUUUUUAUUUUUCAGUGCUGUAACAUUCGUCUCCCUCAGUUGAAUCAUCCUAUUUUGACUUUACACCUCAGGACCUUUCAAUCAAAGUCAAUCAAUGUCGGCUAAACGCAUCUGAUUCUGUCCAAUGCAAUGCAAAACGGGAAAAGAAACAAAACCCCCAUGACUUUUCAAGAUACUUACAAUUCUUAUUAACCCUUUUUAUUUUUUUUCUCGUUUUCAUCGCCACUGUCCAACCAAUUUGCGAUAUUCUUUCUGUGCGUAUCAAUCCCCAAUCUACCCAUGGCCGAUUCGGCUGCGGGGUACCCGGCGAACGUUCUGAUCCCGGUCGAUCUCUUCGUGUCCAAGAAACAUCCCGGCCUUACACAUGGCGAUCUCGGGUUCGCCGACGCCUCCGGUAACAUCGUUUUCAAGGUUGACCGUAAGUCUUCCAAAUCCUUGGCCCGUAAGCGAGUUCUCCUCCUCGACUCCGAAGGAAAUCCUCUGAUUUCCAUGCACCGUCACCAUAAUGGUUCGUGGGAAGGGUUCAAGGGGGACGAAGACCAAAAGGACUUGAUAUUCAGGGUGCAGAGGAAGGGUAAGGCCGAGUUGGAGGUGAUUCUUGAUGACUCGGCCUCUGAGUUGAGGUUGAAAGGUUCCACUUUCCAGAAAUCAUGCACCAUCUACAAAGGCAAUGAGAUACUAGCUCAGACUAGUCUUAUGUACAAGUUGCGGCAGCUUUUUGUAGGGAGGGAUAAAUUUCGACUAACUAUAUUUCCCGGAUUUGCUGAUCAUGCUUUGGUUGCAGCGUUGAUUGUAAUAUUUUUUGAUUGAUGAACAUGGUAGAUUAAAGAAAAUAUUUCACACGUACAUUUACAUUUUUCCACCUUGCAAAUAGGUUUGCUUGAUUCUUUUACAGAGGGGUAAGAAAAGGUUCACACAUAUAUGCCUUUGGGCUGUGUACCUAUAUAUUAGCCUUGUGUAGUAUGAUUUAGUUCUUUAUCACCCUUCUUUUGCUUGUAUUUGUAGGAGAGGCUCAUUGUUAUUUGAAAUUUGAGCAGCAAAUUGCUGUAGAUCUCAAUCAUUUUUUAGAAGCCCAUUAACUGAUGAUGUAAGAUUAUGGUCUGUAAAAUUAGUUUCUUCUAGAUAUUUUCCACAUCCGGCUUCUUUAGACAAUUUCUUAGUGGUGUAAUUAUUUGUAUUUCUAAUUCGAGCUAGGAUUGGGAUUCCUUGCCA